UGUUGCUAUAUUUAUGUCUUUUUUGGGCAAGAAAACUUUUGUGUGUUACGACUUACGAUUGUUAAUUUCAUUUUCUUGGCUAGUCCUAUUCCUCACUGGCUUCAGUUAUCCGUUAUUUGGGACUGAUUUGUUCAGUUUCCAUUUUGGGUCAAUCUCGUAGAGAUUUGUGUUUUAGGUGAAUUUGUAGGAGUGAAGAAUUUAGAAAGGAAAGGUGUGAUCCACGCUUGUUUGACUUUUGGGGUUACUUUGUGAUUUUAUUGGAUAAAGGAAAUUGGUUUGGAUUGAAUUGGUUGGAGUUUAAGGGGGGAAGUAUUAGAAAUGGGGAGUACUUUGAACUUCAAGAAUUUUGGGAACGAGCCACCGGCAGGUGGAGGUGGUGGGAGGCCGCCGAAUAAUAGCCCUUUGGCACGGCAGUCCUCUGUCUAUUCUUUGACCUUCGAUGAGUUCCAGAAUACUAUUGGGGGGAGUGGGAAGGAUUUUGGGUCGAUGAACAUGGAUGAGCUUUUGAAGAGUAUAUGGAGUGCAGAGGAUAAUCACAAUUUGGGCCCUGCCAUUGGUGGUGGUGGGAGUGGUGGCCAAGAAGGGGGUGGCUUGCAGAGGCAGGGAUCGUUGAUCCUUCCUCGGACACUAAGCCAGAAAACAGUUGAUGAGGUGUGGAGGGAUAUGUCGAAGGAGGGUGCUGCAGCAAAGGAAGGAGCUGUCACUGUUGCUAGUUUUGGCGUGCCGCAGAGGCAGCAGACUUUGGGGGAAAUUACACUGGAAGAGUUCUUGGAGAGGGCCGGGGUCGUGAGGGAGGAGGCUCAGUUAGCUGCUGCCAACAAUGCUGGGAUUUUUGGUGAUCUGUGGCACCCUGUGAAUAACAGCUUGGGUAUGGGAUUCGGAUUUCAGCAGCAGCAGCAACAGGCUAGUAGGAAUUUGGGGUUGAUUGGUGCUGGGGUUAAUGAAACUAGUAAUCAGAUGGCUGCACAACCAGCUGCUAAUUUACCAUUGAAUGUGAAUGGCGUAAGGUCUGCUGCUCAGCAGAUGGAGAAUCAUCCGCUGCAGCAGCAACAGCAACGACAACAACAUCAGCAUCAACAGAUCCUUCCUAAGCAGUCCGGGUUGGCUUAUGGAUCAGCUAUGGGAAUUCCAACUAAUGGUCAGUUGAGUAGUCCACGGAUUAGGGGCGGAAUGGUUGGGAUUUCUGAUCCGGUAAUGAAUAACUCGCCAGUCCAUAAUCCAGCUUUACAAGGUGGAGGACUUGACAUGGUUGGUUUGGUGUCUAAUGGAUCUCCAGCUGUUUCAUCGGAUGGUCUCUCGAAGAGUAAUGGUGAUACAUCUUCCGUGUCACCUGUUCCUUAUGUGUUUAAUGGGAGUUUGAGGGGCCGGAAAAGUGCUGCCCUGGAGAAGGUGGUCGAGAGGAGGCAGAAGAGGAUGAUAAAAAACAGAGAGUCGGCUGCAAGAUCACGAGCUCGUAAGCAGGCUUACAAUAUGGAGUUGGAGGAAGAAGUUGCCAAACUAAAGGAGGAAAACGAACAAUUGCAGAAGAAACAGGACGAGAUGAUUGAAAUGCAGAAGAAUCAGGCUCUGGAGUUGAUGAAACAGCAGAACGGGACCAAGAGACAGUGCUUGAGAAGGACACAGACGGGGCCAUGGUGAACACAAUGUGGAACGAGAUGCGCCUAUGUAAAUAGUACAUAGAAGACGACAACGUUCAUGUUGCUGUAAUCUAGUAUAGAGAAUUAGAAGAGUAGUGUUCCUUGUUUCUGAUGGAAUGUAGGUACAAUUUGCUUCAAGCUAACGAAAGGGCAGUCGAUUAGGUACAGAGAUUAGUCGAGACUGUAUUUUACUGCCUUGUCGUGCUUCUCGUGCCCGUGUUCAUGUUCGUGUUGACAUAGAUUUGAAUGACAUAUAUUUACAUUGUUUGA